CGCCCUCUCGUUCCCGAAAGGGCGCGAGCGAGCGCGUCUCACGAUGACCGCGAUCGGGGAGAAGCAGGCGGAGAUAUACACGUACGAAGCGCCGUGGCUGAUAUACGCCGCGAACUGGAGCGUGAGGCGAGACAAGCGCUUCAGGCUCGCGGUCGGGUCGUUCGUGGAGGAGUACGGGAAUCGCGUCGAGAUCAUCACCUUAGACGAAGAGAGAGGCGCGUUCCCGUCCACGCCGACGCACUCGUUCGCGCACCCGUACCCGUGCACGAAGCUCGCGUUCAUCCCCGACGUAGAAUGCGGCAAAGAGGAUCUCGUCGCGACGAGCGGUGACUACCUCCGGGUGUGGAACAUCACGGACGACGGCGUCGCGAUGCGAUGCCUCCUGAACAACAGCAAAAAGUCCGAGUUUUGCGCGCCGCUGACGUCGUUCGACUGGAACGAGCAAAAGCUCCAGAGGAUCGGGACGUCUUCGCUGGACACGACGUGCACGAUAUGGGAUCUCGAGCGAGAGGCUGUGGACUCGCAGCUCAUCGCGCACGACAAGGAGGUGUACGACAUCGCGUGGGGGGGACCGGAGGUGUUCGCGAGCGUCUCCGCGGACGGCAGCGUUCGAGUGUUCGACUUGAGGGAUAAAGACCACAGCACGAUCAUAUACCAGACCCCGGAGCCGGACACGCCGCUGCUCAGACUCGCGUGGAACAAGCAGAACCCGCGGUACAUGGCGACGAUGAAGAUGGACAACAGCAAGGUGGUCGUCCUGGACGUUCGGUACCCCACGGUGCCCGUCGCGGAGCUGUCCAGGCACAAGGCGGCGGUGAACGUCAUCACGUGGGCGCCGCACUCGUCGUCGCACAUAUGCUCCGCGGGGGACGACGCGCAGGCGCUGAUAUGGGACCUGAGCACGAUGGCGACGCCGAACGACGGCGGGUUGGAUCCGAUUCUCGCGUACGGCGCGGGCGCGGAGAUAUCCCAGCUGCGGUGGAGUUCGACGCAGCCGGACUGGAUAGCGGUCGCGUUUAGCAAGAGCCUGCAGAUCUUGAGGGUGUGA